GGUGGCUUCUGUUCAAAAACCUGAUCUUAUUCAUGUACCAAAGGGGGAACCUACUGAAGUAGUUAAGCCUGUGCCCAUUGCCUCUGCUGUUGCGCCCAAAGCCACUGCCGCAGCGAGCGUGGCUUACAAUAAGACACCGAGGCCGUUUGGAGCCGUGACCUCCUCCAAAGUCACCUCCAUCCCAUCACCGUCCUCCGCAUUCACUCCGGCCCAGGCGUCGGCUCCCUCGCUGGCGGCCUCCGCCCCGGUCCCGUUUGCCGCGGCCGGGCUGCAUGUUCACACCAAGCCUAACCCCGAGCAGCGGCCGCCUGUGCCGAGCGCUGCUAAACCUGCAGUUAAUGUCCCACGGCAGCCCGCCGCGCUAAAUGCCGCCCCGAGCGCCUCUGCCGGCGACGGCGCCCAGGAUGUAGCCGAGGGGCCGCGACGAGGAUUCAGAGAAAACCAGGGGGAGAGUAAACAGCAAAAUGGGAAAAACCCACCCAAACGCCCCCCACGGAAGCACAUCGUGGACACCUACACGGAGUUUUACCACACCCCCACCCACAGCGAUGCCAGCAAGAAGCGCCUGAUUGAAGACACUGAAGACUGGCAUCCCCGGACAGGCACCACCCAGUCCCGAUCCUUCCGCAUCCUCGCCCAAAUCACGGGCACUGAUCAUAUGAAAGAACCAGAAAAUGAAGCUGCAAAGAAGACUAAGAAAAGACAAACAGAAAAUGGAGACUUCAGCACACAUGCAGAUCUACCUGAUGGAGCAGGAGCCCAGGAUACCUGUAUUAAUUUGAAUAAAAACUCCAUAGCUACCCUGACUUUGGAGAUGCCACGUACACCAGAAUUACAAUCCACAUCUUUACCACCUAUGAGUGAAAACAGUGCUAAACCAGAACCUGCAGCUGCUCUUUUGUCGAUAGCAGAUUCCUGCCCUGGCAGUGUCCCCUCUCCCAGACUUUCUGAACAUGUAGCCACAGCAGCUCUUGGGAGGCAAAUAGCUGUGGAGUUGCCUGCUCCGGAUGCAGCAAGCUUGUUGCCAGCUGAUAAAGCACCUCAUCCCCCCACGAAGUGUGCUGUGGCCACACAGACCGCUGAGUUCCCCCUGCCUGCCAACCCGGUGGGGUGGCCGCCUUCUGCAGCCCCGUGUGUUGAAACAGUCCUUGGGCUACCUCCUGCUCUUGCCAGGCAUGAAGCAUCUCUGCCUACUUGCGAAGCAAAUUCUUUCAAUAAAAUCUCAAGCUUUCAGUCUAAAUCAUCUAUAAGUCAUACAAGAUUCUGUGCUACGAAAGUGCUGCAGGAAAAUCCCUUGGGAAGUGUGCCAAUCCUUGGACCCACUCCUCUUUCGGUUCUUUCUCCUUUCAAGCAGAGAUCAAAAAUUAAGAGUGUGGCUGCUGCUACUGUGUCUGCUGCUCUUGCUGUUCGGGCCAGACUCUUCGAACCUGGUGUCUACCACUCGCUCUUGGAUGCCCUGCUCACCACACCUGUCGCUAAGCCUCCUCUGCAGGCUAUUGGACCCUCCAGGAAGUCCAUGAGUGCUCUGGAGUUGCCAAAGAGCAGGAGUGAUUCCCUGGAAGCCACCCAGCCCGCUGCUUUUACGGCCACCCCGGUGAGGAGCGUGCCUGCUUGCCAAGACAACGCGGAUGUGAGACCUGCUCCCGCCAACACCACAUCUGCUGCAGCCCUCAAGCCAGUGGGACCCCUGGGUUCUGCCAAGGGCUGGCAGCCUCCAAACCAAGCAGCUCCUGCCAGUGGAUGGACGUCAAACAGUAUUAAAUCACCUGGAACAACUGCCCCGAGUGAAAAGCCUGACACAGCGCCCCAGCUAAAUGAACAAGACACGUUGGUUCAGAGAGCAGAGCAUAUUCCAGCGGGAAAGCGUACUCCCAUGUGUGCACACUGUAACCAAGUCAUUAGAGGACCCUUUUUGGUGGCUUUGGGAAAAUCAUGGCAUCCAGAGGAGUUUAAUUGUGCCCACUGCAAAACCUCCAUGGCUUACAUUGGAUUUGUGGAAGAGAAAGGGAUGCUGUAUUGUGAGGUCUGCUACGAGAAGUUCUUUGCCCCUGAGUGUUCAAAGUGCCAGAGGAAGAUCCUUGGGGAAGUAAUAAAUGCUUUGAAACAAACUUGGCAUGUUUCCUGCUUCGUAUGUGUGGCCUGUCAUAACCCCAUCCGCAAUAAUGUCUUCCACUUAGAAGAUGGUGAUCCCUACUGUGAGACGGAUUAUUAUGCUCUCUUUGGUACCAUGUGCCAUGGCUGUGAAUUCCCCAUUGAAGCUGGAGACAGGUUUCUUGAGGCUCUGGGCCACACUUGGCAUGACACUUGCUUUGUAUGCUCCGUAUGUAGUGACAGUUUGGAGGGCCAGACUUUCUUCUCCAAGAAGGACAAGCCACUGUGCAAGAAACAUGCUCACUCUAUCAACAUCUGAUGCUUGGAGCUCAUCAUGUGUAACAAAUGUACUGAGCAGAAAGGUUAAAAUGUCCAUGUUCAAUAAUUGGUUAAAAUUCUUUACAUACAAUUUUUCUAAAAUGGAAGAGAGAUGGGAAAAAUUUCAGAGGGUAUUGUAAACUAAUUUUUCAGAGCAUUUGUCAUCAAGGUUUUGCUUCAUAAAAUGAGAGGAAUCAGAAAUUGCACCCAAGCCAAACAACUAGAGUGCCUUUACCCCUACACUUGGCAUGAUUUUAUGACCACAUUUAUAUCCGUUUCAGUAUGAGAAGUGAAAUAUCUAUAAAAAUAAAUACCUGAUAUUAGAAUUCUUGGUUUUGCUGCUAUUGAACAAAUAAAAGGAGAUUGGCUUCAGCAAUCCAGAUCACUUUAUUGCGGUGAUGUUUUCAAAGUGUGUCUAAAAGUAUUGCAGCUAAACUCCAUUAAAAGGAACUCAAAGCAAAAAUAAGAUCACAUUAAAUAUAUAAUUCAAAAACUAAUAUUUUUUUCUGAUAUUCAUGUCCAUAAAGCCUCCUGCACAAUUACAUGUACCUGUGCCUUUGCAGUAAAUUUCUGAUGGGUUUGCAAGGGACAGAGAUUUUUACAAAGAAGUUAAGUGGGCCAGUGGCUAUACUGGUGAAAAAGAAUAGUUUAGAAGAUGCCACUUAGAAGAAAACAUAAAUGGGAUACUCUUCCUUAACUCAUUCACUAUCAGAACACUGGCCAAAAAAUCCUGCUGCUGAAGGUGUGUCUGACAGGAUGGAAAUGUCAGAUCACAUCUUAAGGGAACAGGGAUUUACACUCUUCUGUUUGCACUUCAAGUUUUAGAUAGCUUUAAGUGCCUUUCCCCUUUAAGGAAAGGGGAAUUUGCACUGAAUUUGCAGGUAACAGUGUUUUGUAUCCAGAAUGUAAGAUUCUGGUAUUGAAUGAGGGCAAGUGCUGCAGUGCAGAUGAGGACAUUGUUUUUCUCUCAGUACAUUCUUUACCAUGUAGCUCAUGAAUAUGUAUAUUGGUGGUGUGCCAGGUAGAGUACUGAAAAUUUAACUUUCUUGCUCAGCUGUUAUGUUAUGAUUUUUAUUAGUUUUGGGGUUCUUUUCUCUCUUUUCUUCCAGAUGUAGGGAAUAUAUUGUUGAAUAAUACUAUAUUGAGUUAAGCAGCUCAGUACCUCUCAGAUCUUGCAAGAGAGCAAAGAGAUAAUGCUGUCAUUAUGCAUUUACUGUGAGCCAGGAGACCAGCUAACUCUGUGGCUUGAUACGAAUUUUGCAUCCACACAGAGAGUCAGCACAAGACCUGUGCACCAGCUAAGUCCUAAUUAGCUUCAAAUUAGGGCUUAAGUGGUAUGGAACAAUUGCAGGCAGAUAUGGAAAAGGUGGUGCCCCUCUGCACAGGGUGAAUUUUGCUCCAGCAGAAUUGCACAAGAGAGAAGGGAGUCCUCUUGGGAUCAGAACAGAUUCCUGAAGGAAACUGAAUUUACAUGCUGUUUUAUUCAGCUGAGAUGUCAGAGCUGAAUUGUUAGUCUUUAGUUCUCUUUCCAGUCGACAUUAAAAAAAACCAUUUACUGUUUUUGUUGCUGGGAGGAGGGGUGAAGGGGGGAGGGUGUCUUGAUACAAGGGACAAUUUUAUCCAUAAAACCAUUGGGGAAAAUCAUAAAAAAUCACCGUGGUUGACUAAAGCAAUUGAAAUGAGGAACAUCAGCAAAAGAGGAGGAAAGAAAACCAAAAUUGCUGUACUGAAAUAUGAAAAGGUAUUUGGCUUUCUUGUUAAUUCAGUGGGACAGGUUCACACUGUGGGGCUGUUUCACUUUAUUUCCUGAAGUUGUUUUUCUUCAAUACUACCAUGUUUCUUUUUUUAAGUUCUGGUGGUACAGAAGAAAUUUGGUAAAUUUGGUAAAUAUUGGUAAAUGAGAAGAAAUUUAGUGGUACGGUAUAAAGCUGUUUAAAGUGUUUACACUCUUGUAGAUGUACCCUUCUGUGAGUUUGGCUGAAAAUCAGAAGGGUAGAAGCAGACUGGACAAAAUACAGUAAUAUAUAAGCCAGGUUGCUUUUGAAAUUAAGUGGAAUGUGGAAAAAUGAAACCUAGAGACUAGGUUUCAAUGGGGCUGUAUUGCACAUGUGUGAGGAAAGAGGGUGGAAAUGCACAGGAUGAGGCGUUCAGUAAUUUCUGCAAUCCAAAACUUGCUAUUUUAGUGUAGGAUAGAAACUUUUAAGUUUGUCCAUAAAAUCCAAUUAAAUUUUGUUUAGUUUCAUAAUUUUAAUUGGAAUUGUAUUUUUUAAUCUAUAUGCUCCAGGGUUUGAAAUUUUUCAGUUGUCAAUGAAUUUGAAGACAAAAGCCUGAAAGGCUCCAAUAGAACUGCUUCAUGUAGCUGCUUUGCCUUUUAAUUUUUGCUUUUAUCUAUUUGUUUAAAAUUUUAAAGGAAGCAUAGAGUCACUGAUACAUAAUAAAUAUUUAAUGGCUUUACCAAAUUAUAUAAAUCAACUAAAAGGAACAUAAUUUUUAUCGUUAUUUUAAUAAGUGAGAUUUUAGUAGAGCACUUUAUAAUAAUGCCAUAUAUCUCACUGAAUAUUUAUUACCUUUUUUUUUUAUUAUUAUUUAGAACUAUUUCAUUGUGGUAUCUUUGUAUUUUGUUUUCUUUUUAAGCCUGCCUUUACCCCUAGAAUCUUUUGGGGUUUGAGUGUGUGUAUGUGUACAUGUUUAUAUAUACUUCUCUAUACAUGCACACAUAUGCACGUACAUUGAGAGACAUACAUAUAUAUGUGUAUUUGAAUGCAGACUUGACACAGCAAAAAUCAGCACAGUUUCAUCACCAUUUGGGGAUUUCAUGAGACUCCCAACUGGUUUUCAUACAACACAGCAUAGCAUUCAUCUUUUGAGAAAAUGUUAGAAAGUCAGGAGAGACUUGUUAGUAACAUAACUACUGUAGCUUUUUGCAUGCAUUUUCAGUCAGAAAUUGUUUUUCUUCCAAAACUGCCUAUAAGAGAAUGGGGCUUAACUCUGUUUGAAGGUAGAAGGUCUUUAUAAGUGAAUAAUUGAUUCACGAUGACAGUUUCAGUAUAUUGUAACUAAAUAAUUCAGGAUUGUGUGUAAAUAUAAAUGCUUAAUAUAACAAUGCAAUAAACAUAAAAGCAAAAGUUGAAUUGUGGUUCAGUGUGUGUUGGUCUGUUCAACUGUGUACCUAUUUCUUCACAGAGCUACUUGUAUCAUCUAGCCAUGUGAGCUGCUUUGCAAAUAUUAUUUUAUGCUGAUCUACUAGCUGUUUAGUCCUGGUGAUUUCUUUGCUUGAGUUUAAUAAUCUUUGGCAUAAAAUUUUGGCUGUUCACAUUUGCAAAUUUAAUUAUAAUUGAAAAACAUAACAAUAUAACAAAGCAAAUAAACCCUACUCAAAACCUGAAA